GCUCCAGCACCCACCACCGUGACCCUGGUGAGGAUAAGCGGACAAAAAUGAAUGAAUGAAUGAAUGAAUGAAUGAAUGCAACCCUGCUGUGUUUCCCAAAUGCACCACACGGUGGCGCUGUUACUGAACUCUAAUGUUUGAUCCCCACACAGCUCAACACGCUGUCUGAGAAGAUGAAGCGAUAACAUUCGGAUGAAUCACUACUAAAUAUGGUCCACGCCCGUAGCGGCCAUGUUUAAGCAAGAUUGGUUGGAAAAGAUGGCCGCCAUCAGUCAUUGAUCAUUGUCUAAUGAUGGAAAAGCUUUGAUAUUUCAUGUAUCUUAGACUUGACUUUUGUGUGUUUGCAUCAGGAAAAGUACUUUGGAGUCAAAUACAGGAAUUAGUGUAAUGUGAAAGACACAAACCAACUCUUUUGGUUCGCUAACAGUUGCUGCAAAAUGUCUGUGUUGUGUUUUGAACCUGAAUCAGCUGAGAUGUUUUGUCCGUCUCAUCUUCAGACUUUAAAGACGUCUGAGGAGACGUUGCCUCACCCACAAGAUGACACAUCUCGCCGACACGUCUUCCGGCUUUCAUCUGUAAAAAAAAAAGAAAGCCUUUGUCUUGGUGGAUGUUUUCACACCAGGAAAUAAGUUCCAAUAAGUUUGAAAGCAGCCACAUGUUAAUCACGUCCUCCAGCGUCCACGGAGGGAAAAAUGAGCCACAGGAGAUGAUGAUGAUGUCGGGAGCAUUGAUGGAUGAAAUGAAGAUGAAAUGAAGAGUGACCCGCCGUCUGCUGGUGGAAUGAAAGCUGACUGCUUCUAUUUAGCUCGCGAAGAUGACCGACUCGCCCUCAAGGGGAAGGUGACCGUCGGGGACCUCUUCAGCAAAGAUUUUCAAGUUCACGACCCAAACGCUGGAUGGAUCAGCAAUAAUGAGUUGUUGUACCGUAGCCGUGACGGCGAUGUGGUGUGGUUCAACGUCGACACCGACGAGAAGACCAUCUUGGUGCAUCAUAAGAAGUUUGAAAUGUACAAAGCCAGCAAGUACGAGGUGUCUCCCGACAUGAAGCACGUGCUGCUGGCCUACAACGUGGCGCCGGUGUACCAGCACUCAUAUACCGCCUUCUACAUCAUCUGCAGCCUCCAGACACCGGAGACGUGGGACCUGAACCCGCCCGAGGUCCGCAACGCUCAGCUGCAGUACGCCGGCUGGGGUCCGGAGGGUCAGCAACUGAUCUUCAUUUUCGAGAACAACAUCUACUAUCGCUCCACCGUGGAGAGCCGCUCCAUUCGCUUGGUGUCCUCCGGCAAGGAAGGCGUCAUCUUCAACGGGCUCAGUGAUUGGCUGUAUGAAGAGGAGAUUUUCCACUCCCACGUCGCCCACUGGUGGUCUCCAGAUGGCGCGAGGUUAGCAUACGCCACCAUCAACGACAGCCUGGUGCCCAAGAUGGAGCUGCCCAUGUUUACUGGCAUGCCGUACCCCACCGGGAAGGAGUACCACUAUCCCAAGGCUGGCGAGGAGAACCCGGUUAUCACUUUGUAUGUGGUCAACCUGAAUGGUCCUCUUCACACCAUCGAGAUGAGGAGACCUGAUGACCCGAGGUUAAGUGAGUUCUACGUGACCAUGGUGAAAUGGGCCACCACCACCAAACUGGCUGUCAACUGGCUGAACCGGGCGCAGAACAUCUCCAUGCUGACACUGUGCGAGGCCACGACGGGGGUCUGCAUCAAGAAACACGAGGACGAGAGCGAGGGGUGGCUUCACAGGCAGAACGAGAAGCCUCUGUUCUCCAAAGACGGUCUGAAGCUGUUCUUCACACGGGCCAUCCCACAAGGAGGCCGUGGAAAGUUCUUCCACAUCUCCAUGUCCAUCUCGCAGCCCAACACCAGCACGGACACGCUGCAGUCCAUCACGUCUGGCGACUGGGACGUCACGCAAGUCCUGGCCUAUGACGAGGAAAACCAGCUCAUAUACUUUCUGAGCACAGAAGACGGUCCCAAGCGAAGACAUCUUUACAGCGCCGACACUUUUGGCUCGUUCAACCGCCGCUGCCUGUCGUGCGGCCUGUCUGAGAGCUGCGGCUACAUCGGCGGCUCCUUCUGCCACAACAUGAGCUACUUCCUGCUGCACUGCCAAGGCCCAGACGUCCCGUUCCUGUCUGUUUUUAAGACACAAAGAGAUGAUGAUGCAGAAGGUCUCGCUGAAGUCCACAAACUGGAGAGCAACGACAUGCUGAGGCUGACGCUGGACGACAUGCAGAUGCCCAUCGUGGAAUACCAGGACAUCAACAUGGAAGACUACACUUUAUCAAUGCAGAUCCUUAAACCAGCCGCCUUUGUGGAGACGUCCCACUACCCUCUGCUGCUAAUCAUCGAUGGCGUCCCCGGUGGCCAGAGCGUGUCGGAGCGCUUCCACAUGGACUGGGCCACGGCGUUGGUGAGCAGCUUUGGUGCCAUCGUGGUGCGCUGCGACGGGCGCGGCGGCGGAUUCCAGGGUACCAACUUGCUGCACCGAAUCCAGAAGAAGGUUGGCGUGCUAGAGGAGCACGACCAGAGGGACGCCAUCAGUUUCCUCCUACAAGAGGCGUACAUCGACAAGACCAGAGUGGGAGCGUUCGGAAAGGAGUACGGAGGCUACAUCACCAGCUUGUUGCUCAGCGACGACCUGUCUCCUGCCAGAUGCGGAGCCGUCCUCUCGCCAAUCACCGACUUUGAAUUAUACGCAUCAGCGUUUUCGGAGCGAUAUCUUGGAAUGCCCAAGCCCGACCAGAGGGCAUACACGAUGGCCAAUCUAGCGCACCGCGCGGCUCAGUUCCUCGACAAGAAAUUUCUCAUCAUCCAUCCAACAGCAGACGAAAAGGUCCAUUUCCAGCAUACAGCAAAACUGAUUGCUCAGCUAAUCCAUGAAAAGGCCAACUACACGUUACAGAUCUACCCGGACGAAGGCCACUUCAUCCACAACGAGGGCACCAAGCAGCACCUCAGCCAGUCGCUGGUCAACUUCUUUGAGGAAUGCUUCAGGCUCCCGGAGCGGCUCCCGGACGAGGUAGAUGAAGAGAAUGAAGACGAAGGUUAGCUUGACCGAUGCACCCGCACACCCCGCCUCGUACAAAAACCCACCCAGACCCGGUCAGUCCGUCAACAUGUCCAAGCACAAGAAUGGUGUCCUCAAGAUUAUGCAACCGCAGCAUGCUGGACUUGAGACUGCCUCCGGAGCAGCCGAGGAUCUCCUCCCAUCGCUCAUCAUCUUCUGUCUCUGGAGUACGAGUGACACUGUGGAAUACGCUGAUCCGUUCACGUGCGGCAUGAUGGACGAGCCCCCGAGCAGCAGGACUGGCGCUGCGGAAGGAAAGGAACAUCAUUCAAACUUGUACCAUAAUUGGCAAGGAAAAAAUAAAUCAUACCUGGUCGGUAGCGUUCAUGAAACUCUGUGGAUACAGGAAGUGUCGCUGUUUUCUAACGUUGUGAUGAACUUUCCAUGUUGGACUGUGCUUUUUGUCGAUGUAUGUAAAGUAGCACACAAGCACCCACCAGGUUAUCCAAGCCUUUUGUUUCCACUGUGUCGCCAUCUUUAACCGGAUACUACUUCCUUUUCUCGUUUCACUCACCUUACUGCCUUACUUUGAUCCCCCCCCCCCUACAAAAAUACUACAAGUAAAGCGAGCAAGCACAUUAGCAACUAUCGCCAGGCGACUCUUUGAAAAGCUCAAACUUCAAUUGUUAUUGUUUGUGCUGUAUAAUAUUCCCGGGAAUAUCCUUGCAAAAACCGAAUUUGAACGUUGUAAAGUAUAUUUUUUAAACGCAAGCCUUUUGGCUAUGUGACGUGAACUAGCACAAUGCUAUAAAAUGUACAGAAUCUGCAUGGUUAGUAGACAAAAUGGCCUAAUUUAUAUUUGUAGCAAAUACAGCACUGCUUAGAAUGCUAACAAUAAAAUGCUAACCCUAAAAUAAACAAUGACUGAGGCGCAUUUAACCAUUUUCGUUCCAUUGCAUGUCUUUGCGUUGAACUCGGUACCGGUUUGACAUCUUGAAUGUUCUUUAAUGGGUAGCAUCAAUGACAUUUCUGGUUGUACUGUGAUUGAUGUGUAAAUGUUAUUUUAUUCUGGAAAAAAUGCUUUUAUCCGAUUAUUUGUGCAUUUCAGCUGCUUUUACCCGAGGUUACAUCCAACUAUACACUUACGGGCUUAAAGUUGAAUAUAAUAAAAGGUAAAAGGCCACGAACUGCAUCAGUUUUGUUUUUACCGAAAAGACGACGACUAAAGAAAAUGGAGGUCAUAAUAAAGACUGACUCUGCCUUCGAUGUU